AUAUGAGACAUCUGUGGUUUUCCUGUGAACAAGCUCCACAUCUGCUUUUCUAUUGAAACAUUUAAUCUUUGUCCCAGUCACUGCCACCAUCUUCUGUGAAGUCAGACUAACAGUAUGUAUGUAGCUGUCUAAAAAUGACAUUGUUCAUCCCUGAUAUGGCUGGUCGUCUGUUUUUGCUCAUCCUCCUUUUCGAUACCUUCCAGUUCCUCAAAGCCAAAGAUCCUCCUCAGCCCAGUCUAACAGUGAUUCCUGCAGUCAUCAAAGAGAGAGACUCAGUUCAGCUGAACUGUCAGACUCCUCCAUCUGUCUCUGAGUGUUACUUCAAAAUAGAGGGGAAAGUAGAAUUCACCCUUCCAUCACCCUGUCAACACACACUCACAGGAACACUACUGGUGAGGUGGACAGGUCAGAGUUCACCAGCUGAGGUCAAAAUACAAUGUCAGUACAAUGCUAAAAGUUCACAGUUUAGAUCCAUAUACAGUGAGUCUUCAACAGUCACAAUUCAGGACAUUCCUCAGCUGACAGUGAGUUCUACAGUCAUCAGAGAAACAGAAUCAGUUCAGCUGAGUUGUGAGACUCCUCCAUCUCUCCCUGUGUCUCACUGUUACUUCUACAUAGAGGGGAGGAAGAAUCUUCCAGACUCAUCCUGUACUCAGACACUCACAGGAACAGAGCUGCUCAAGAGGGCAGAUCAAACGUUUCCAGAUGUGGUCAAAGUGAUGUGUUACUAUGCUGUAGGGAGGUCUCACACAUCUCCUUUUAGUGACCCUGUCUCAGUCACUGUUCAGGGCCCUCCUCUUCCCAGGUUGACGGUGAGCCCUGCAGUCAUCAGAGAGAGAGACUCAGUUCAGCUGAGCUGUGAGACUCCUCCAUCCGUCUCCGUGUCUCAGUGUUAUCUCUUCACUGAGAAGGGACACCAUAAACCAUCCUGUCGUCAGACACUCACAGGGACUGAGCUCCUCUCGUGGUCAGAUCAACGUUCACCUGCUGUGGUCAACGUGAGAUGUUACUACUACGCUAUUGGUAGUUCUUCCCCAUCCUCUCACAGUGACCCUGGCUCAGUAACUGUCCAAGUCCCUCCUCAGCUGACAGUGAGUCCUGAAGUCAUCAGGGAUACGGACACAGUUCAGCUGAGAUGUCACACUUCUCAAUCUACCUCUGAGUCUCAGUGUUACUUCUACAUAGAGGAAAGACAACAUCUCCAACAUACCACAUCAGCAGUCACUCACAGGGACCAAGCUUCUUGAAUGGGCAGGUCAUGGUCCAAACACCAAGGUCAACAUGAUAUGUAUCUACUAUGCUGUAGAGGUGUCUAUCUACUCUCCUUCCAGUGACCCUGUCUCUGUCACUCUCCUGGGUAAGCAGGGUAUUAUUAUACCCCAGUGUUUUUCUAUUCUGGUCCAAGAUUAACA